AUGAAUUUUGAGGACGGCAUUUCUUUUGAUCUCUCUCGAUACUACGGAGCUGCCGACGAGCAGCGGGACUUGUUCGUCGUACUGCGCGGCUAUAAGCCCGGAUGCACGAAUAAGAUUGGAGCUAUCUUGGCCACGCAUGGGUUGGAGGAUUCGCUCGUGCUGUGCUUCGACUCAGAGGCAGUCGCGUUGGAUCAUUGGCGCCGUGAACUGACCGUCGGCCAACGGGUGGAGUGCAUUGGGGGCGCAUCUGCAGAGGAGCGCUCCGCUUACACUCGUAGCCUGCGACAGGACAUUGACGCUAUGGUCAUACGCGAAAGCCGUUGGAAGGCAUCUCGUUCCAGUCGCGCUCUACCUCCUCUGUCGCCACCAGCUAGGCGAACGGAUUCAAUCUCUGUUCCAAGGGGCCUGCGCUCCAGCACUACCUCCACGUCCGCCGCCAGUUCGAGAACCGUGAUCGGCUUGGUAAAGUCAGAGGACCAGAAAACCGGACGCGACAUCAUCGAUCAUAGCUUGAAUCAACCUUCCUCCUCUGGCCCGGUCAGCUCUCUACCUGUGAACUAUGCUCCACCGCCCGAUCGAGGGCAGGGUUACCUUCCUGCCAAUCUCCCUCAUCCCGUCAACGCCGUGCGAGGUACGUCGGGCAAGCGCAACUGGUACUUUGUCCCGAGGUCGAGGAACCCGGGCAUCUACGCCUCUUGGGAUGACGUGAAAGCGUCCAACGCUGGAGCCGCGAGAGAGUUCUACAACGAAGGCGCCGAUACUUACGAGGAAGCUCUUGGGAAGUGGGUUACAGCCAGGGAAACUCGCGGUGGUAUCCAGCGCUUCGCCUGA